UUCUUGCACAGCGUUGCUCAGCAGCGACGGAGAGGGGUAGAGCACUCGCAGCAUGCUGUAUACCAAACUCCCCCAGACGAUGUAGAUGCAGACCGUUGUAUCAUCAUGCCCCCGAUUGUUUGUUUGUUUGUUUACUGGAGCAUCUAUUUGUUUAUACACCAGCCCACGAAGGAAAAAAAGACCGUUGCUCAGUAGUUCGACAGCCAAGGUCAACCGGUACCAACAUGGACCCGCCCGAGGUCCAAACAGCCCGUCAUCCAUCUCGUCCACGGUACAGUCGCCAAUCUGCCCCAUCCUUGCUUGGCCAGCACAUCCAGACGGCGCAUCAGGGUUUCCUUGCUUCAAUACAGGAACAGCCGAUUUUUGGCGUCUUGCACCACCCACUGCAGCCCCUCGUGCAGGCUCAUACCCGUCAUCGCGCUGCACGCCAGAAUCGUCCACUUGUGCGUCUGGAUGGCGUCCAGCCGUAAGCCCUGUUUGGUCGCGCCUACCCUACUACACAUUCCACGUUUUCACAUCUUCCCACCUCGUAUCCUCACUCGCCAGACACGAAAAAGGCAGUCCUGGACAAACUAUUGAGGUGCCAACCAUGGCUGAACUAAAUGCACAGAUCAAGCCGCCCUCCAGUGGCUAUGUCCCUCCUUACAAGCGCAAAGGGUAUGUAAUGCCUCUUCUGCGCGGCAAGACGGAACAGCCAGAGACAGAGAAGCCGAAGACAGAGCAGCCAGAGAUGGAGCAGCCGAAGACUGCACAGCCAACUGCGGACGACGACGAAAAGAAGGCCGACGUCGCACACGCGAGCCCAGCUAAACCCAGCGCCGAAAAGGCCACCCCCAACGGCAAGAAUCUCCCCAAUUCCUCACCUCGGACGUCUGCUGGUACAGGCGAUGGAACCAGUGAGCACAAUUGGACUGGAUGGCAUUCUUCUUCCGGUCCACCCAAGCCUGCUGGCUCUGUCAAGACUGCGGCUACUUCCAAACCUACCCUAUCUCAAAAAUCUACUCCUUUCAAGACAACACACAAGGAUAAUGCUACGCCAGCUGGAUCUGCCAAGAACCGAGCUUCUCCCAAGCAUGUCUCCUCUCAAAGAUCCACGUCUUCAAAUGCGCCUGCUGUACCUCCCAUGCCUCAAAAGUCCAGAAGUCCUAUCGGCAAACCCUCUCAACCUGCGUCAAUGUUCCCAUCACACAACAAAAACAAGGCCUCCCGCGUCCAUUCAACAACACGCUCGCGCGCAUCAAUUUCCACGAACAAAGCUCAAGCAAAAAAGGAGAAGGAGGCACCCGAAAUUGUAGCCUGGGGCUCGGCAACCAUCAAGGUUGAUCCGCGCCUUGAGAAUGCAAAGGAAAUCGUUGGCGAGUGGAACAACGAGUCCAACGUCCCAGCUUGGGGAAUUGACCCUGACUUUCCUCAAGCACUGGACGUUGACUAUGAUACAAUGAUGAAAAACCACGAAGCUGCCAUCGAGCACGUGAGCAAACAUGGGCCUAAACCGGCUAGAAGCUCCCAUUGGAAGGCCAACAAGACGGGCAAGCGGCCUUUGAGGGGCGAGAAGGGGCAGCAUCUCUUUGGCAAUCCAGACCUGGUGAGCUAUGGUAAGUGGGAUGAAGACAAACCUGAAUCUGACCACGACGAUCCCUACUAUGAUGUCAAGAAGCUCGCCGGUUGGGAUGGUAGAUUCCAAGCUCCACCUGAGGAUUGGGCCGCAAGGGAUCGAAAUGUGUUCAGUCAAGACAAGGUGGUUAACCAGGUUUGGAUAUGGAUGCUUACCCUGGACGAUGAAGCCUGCACUCCCGACUUCACUUCUUUCACAAUCGAUAUGCAGUUCAAGAACAAUCAAGAGCUUGUCUCAAAGACAUGGAUUCUGGACAAAAUAGAAGGCCAAGACCCUCGACUAUUCUGGAAUUCAUUCGUAUCGCGUUGCCCCAGCCCAGUGGACACUGAGGACCUGAAGGACUCAGAAAAUCGACCAUAUUGGGAAUUAUACGACAAGACGAGCCCUUUCAUGCCUGAAAUUGUCGCUCCCAAGGCUGUACUUGAUCAAAGCGACUUCAACAAUCGUCACAGCCGUGCCCUCACAACGGCGAACGAGCUGGUUCUGCGAUGCAAGAAGCACCAUCUGGCUAAGAUAGAGCUUGCCCACGCGUCUGAACCAAUUUUCACCCCAUUAGAGCAGGAUGCCAUGACACGCCAAGCCCAGAAAAUGAUCCAGAUUCGACAGAAGACCGCUCUUAAAGAGCCCGAGGAGGUGCUCGCUGAUUCCAAGGCCAUUAAACUGGAAUCAAAUGUCUAUCUUCGCCCAGUCAGGCCUUCUGAUGUUGUCAGUGUCCUUGAGCUGUACAAUCAUUUCGUGGCCGAGACUAUCAGUGUUCCUGAGUUUCAGCCAGUGAAAUUUGAGCACAUGGUUGAUCGCGUCAAUACUGUCACUUCACAGAAUCUACCCUAUAUCGUCGCCGUGGCCAAGAACUACAAACCUCCUAAAGGCGUCUGCGUGUCAGAGAAGGUUGUUGGCUUUGUCGCACUAGAUGACUUUUGCGGCAAACGCAGCAUGUAUCGCUACACAUUUGAACUCGAACUCUUCGUUCAUCCAGAGUGGCAGAGACAACACAUUGGAAGCUGUCUCAUGGACUGUCUGCUUAAUUUGGCGUGCAACAGUUACAUGCCUCGAGGAGGCUACGAGUACCUGAAGCGUGACGAGUAUCUUAAGAACGGCAUUGGUCGGGCUGUUAAGGUCAUUAAGGCAGAGGUCGCUGCAGAUUGCCGCAAGAAGCCCCAGUGGGUGAUGGAUUUCUUCGGGAACUUUGGAUUCCGCAAGGCUGGACACCUGCGCGAGGUCGGAUACAAGUACGGUCAGAUCGUCGAUAUAGUCAACUUCCAGUAUACGACCGACGAAACAAUCAACAAAGACCUCAGUCCGGAACUCUGA